AUGAAAGAUUUGGGAAACCUGAGUUAUUUCUUAGGUAUUGCAGUGACUCGUGACAAGAAUGGCUUAUCAUUGUCUCAGAAAAAGUAUGCGAAGGAAAUUCUAGAGAAUACAGGCAUGGCUAACUGCAAUUCUUCUCCCACUCCGAUUGAUUCUAAAGGGAAAAUGAGCACAGACUCCGGUGAUCUAUAUGUGGAUCUGACCAUGUAUCAUCGAUUGUGUGGUGCUCUGCAAUACCUCACCUUCAUUCGACCUGAGGUAUCCUAUGCGGUUCAACAUGUAUGUUUAUUUAUGCAUUCUCCCAGAGUUGCUCUUAUGGAUGCUCUGAAACGCAUUCUGCGUUAUAUUCAAGGUACGACUGUUUUUGGCUUACGCUUAUAUAAAUCAUCUAUCACCUCUAUCUUGUCUUACACGGAUGUCGACUGGGCUAGCUACCCUGACAUUCGUCAUUCCACAUCCGGUUACUGUGUUUUUCUUGGUGAUAAUUUGAUUUCAUGGUCCUCAAAACAACAACCUACUUUGUCAAAGUCUAGUGCGGAAGCAGAAUACAGAGGGGUUGCUUAUGUUGUCUCUGAGUCAGGUUGGAUUCGGAAUUUAUUAUUAAAGCUACAUUGUCCGGUCUCUAAAGCUACAUUGGUUUAUUGUGACAAUGUGAGUGCUACAUAUCUCUCGGGCAAUCUUGUUCAACAUCAACGAACAAACAAAAUACAUUGA